ACGAGCCUGAUGAUCUUCCAUUGAUUCGGCUAUCACUUGCUUGUCUGGUAAUUGAUCCGUAGCUGAGCCUCUAGUUAAUUAUAUGGGCUUCGACAUGGACCCCUGCCCCGGGGGGAAUUCUCGAGUCCUGCACAAUAAUAGUUUUAAUAAAGGAGCCCGAGGAUCUCCCGCCUGCCUUCUUCUACCCCAUCCCGCUUCCCAGCAUUUUUUUCUUCAUCUUUUCCAUUUCCUUCUUCCUCCCCGUUUCCCCUCCUAAAAUGUCUCCAUCUCCGUAUUUUCACUCCCGCGUCUCCUCUUCGUUUCCUCUGUCAUCACGGCCAUUACCAUCAGCAGGGCCGGGGGGGGGGGGGGGUGCAGAGAGUGAGCAAUAUUGGCAGAGUCCACUCCUCCCUCCCACAAAUAACAGCCAUUAACCAGCCAGGUCAGAAGCUGAGCCACCAGCUUGACUUGAAACACUGAGUGCCACUCGACAAACCCACAGACUUGCACAUUUACAGGGGGAGAGGGAGCGAGCGGGCGAGCGAGAGAGGGAGAGGAGCGCGAGCCGCAGAGCAAAAAGGAACCUCGGCCGCUAAAUUGUCACUUAAUAUAAUUAGCCGAAGCCUCGUGCAUUACCUUUUCAAUAAGUUGUUAAGAGCGGAGCGGGCGGCGCGCGGACAGGAGGUGACACAUUACGCCUUUUUUUUUUUUUUUUAAUUUUUUUUUUUUUUUAUGACAGGGCUGCUCGUGGCUUCUGACAAGGCGCGGGGCCACUACGCAAAGACAAAUGGAGAAAAGGGUAGAAAGGGUGUAGUAAAAGAAAAGAUCCAGAGGAGUGGAGAAAAACAUCAGCGGAGACAAAAGCAAAAAAGGAUUAAGAUGUAGGCAGGGACGGAGGGAAAGCAGUGAAGAUGUAAAUUGGGCUCAGACAAAAGACACAAUUGCACAUUUUUCAAAGUGGCGAGACGCACACUGCACACUUUUUUCUCUCCGCCAGCAGAAAUCCCUUGUACAUAACAGUAACGACCGGUGUGAUAAUCUCGGGAAAGGUUAACAGUAUACGGCCAUUAGUACACCGCACAAAAGGCUUUUAACAGAGCGACCAAGUACCUGUCUACAGCAAUUUGCCACAAAAUUUGGAGUGACUUUAUACACCAGAAGCCAUUUAAUGUAGCCGAGGAGAGAAGUUCUCUCUCUCUCUCUCUCUCUCUAGGUCCCUUCCUCUUUUGUUCCUCGGCGGGCGGAAAGAUCACAGUGACAUCUCCCUUUCGCUGCCGACCGAGGCACCUGGUCUGUCAUUUCUCUAAUGACGGCGGGGUGAAAAAAAGACAGGGUGGAGAAGAGGAGAUGGGCGAUGUAAAGGGAAAUGGGAGGAGGAGGAGUUGGGGAAGGGGGUGGUGGUGGUGGUGGUGGGGGUCUUCAUUGUUUGAGAUGUGUCCUAUGCUGUGUCAAAGGAAGCAUAGAUCUCCCUCCUCUUCUUUUUCUGUCUUAUCCUCCUGUGUGUCUUUUUCUCUGUGUCUGCCUCCCUUUACUCCUCCAUCCCUCAUUUUAUUCCCUUACCUUUGCUGCUGUGGGGACCAAUUUGGCUAAAAUGGAACCUCUUCCUCAUUUUUUUCUUAAUUAAAAUCUGAGAGCCUCCGCGGGUGGGUGGGCGGGCGGUGGUGGUGGUAGUGUGGUGGUGGAGGGGGGGUUUCCUGUGUGUGUGUGUGUGUGCUCGCGAGCGUGUGUGUUCAUGAGCGCACGCUGGUGGCAGAUUGCCUGCGUUCCAUUAGUCUUUCAUUAGAGUGGGUGAAAAUCAAACAAAGGCACCAGAUUUUUCAGAGAUAUAACAAGUCUAUUGAUAUUUUUCUGUUUAUUUUUGCUUGGUUUUUUUUUUGUUUGUUUGUUUUGUUUUUUGGGUUUUUUUUCGGGGGGGUUUUAUCGCUGGCCUACAAAUCAGAAAUAGAAACCACUUUCAGCUGUGAUCAAAGAGGCUUCUGAUUGAAUACAAUCCUGCCUUUUCAAUCUCUCAAAACAAAGAAACAAAUACUUCAUAACAAUCUGCAACGUUUUUUUUCUUUUUUAAAGCUAAAACUGAGCUCUUCUGCUGAGCACCGUGUGUGUGUGUGUGCAUUUGUGUGUGUGUGUGUGUGGCGGGAUGGUCCCUCAGGGGAACUAAGUUGCUCUGAGACGUGCCGGCCACUCGCAGCGCAAAUGGUAAUAAGGCAGGGGGACAAACGCCUCCCACCUCUUCUCCUGCUCUGUGAUAGCGCUUGCCCCCACCUUCCUCCCCCUAGCAGAGGAGGGGUGUGUGUGUGUGUGUGUGUGUGUGUGUGUGUGUGUGUGAGAGAGAGAGCGUGCAGCGCGAUGUCAUUGAACAUCUCAGAGUGGAGCGGCACAGUUGACUCAGUUGAGCCUGCACCGGCCGGCCGACACGCACUCACACACACAGACACACACACACACACACACACACACACUCAGACACUCAGACACUCAGGGAGAGCCACCGUCUCUCUCUCUCACUUUCACUCGCUCUCACAUGCUCUCACUCUAUCACACGCACACACACACACGCGGAGGCUCAGGCGCUCAGCUCAGUUCCUCAGCGGCUGCAGCGGAGUACAGAGGAGUCAGAGAGAGAGAGAGAGAGAGAGAGAGAGAGCAAAAGAGAGAGGACAGGCGGCGCGGCACGGACAUCGAGAGAGGGACACAAUCACAGAGAGAGAGAGCGAGAGAGAGAGAGAGAGAGAAAAGGAGAGAGAGAGAGAGAAAGAGAGAGAGAGAGAGGAGCGGGAGGCAGGGAGAGCUGGAUAGCUGGUGGCUCACUCCCACACCUCAUCUUCACUUUGCUGGGACAGGCACAGAAUUGAUGUCCAAGGAGGCAGAGUUGGAUGUGAGAGGCAGUGAGUGCGACACAGUCCCACAAGAGCCCAGCACAGACCCGGAGCCGCCCAGGCCGCCCCCAGCCAAGGCUAACGGACCCACCGGCACCGUUGGCGUUUGCACGAGCAUCCCCUCCAGUAACCACAGUAGCGGCGGCACCAGCGGCAGCGGCAGAAGUGGUCUGGGUGGCGUUAGCAUCGUUAGCAGCAGCGCUGAGGGAGCAGGCGAAAGCUCCAUGCAGUUCAGCACCAGACCGCCUAGUGCUGAGCAGCCGGGCUUCAUGGGGACAUGGCAGCAGCAGAGCACUGACAGCAACCUCCUCUACAGAAUGUCCCAGCAGGGUGCUGUAACGCGGCUUCCUUCCAAGUGCGACAGGUCGACUAUGGGCCGAGACCUGGAAGAGGCCAUUCGCUGCACACUGGUGAACUGCACAUGUGAGUGUUUCCAGCCGGGGAAGAUUCACCUACGAACAUGUGACCAUUGCAAACAUGGCUGGGUAGCUCACGCUCUGGACAAGCUCAGCACCCAGCACCUGUACCACCCGACCCAGGUGGAGAUCGUUCAGUCUAACGUGGUGUUCGACAUCAGCAGCCUGAUGCUGUACGGCACCCAGGCCGUACCCGUCAGGCUCAAGAUCCUUCUCGACCGCCUCUUCUCCGUGCUGAAGCAGGAAGAGGUGCUGCACAUCCUGCACGGCCUGGGCUGGACCCUCAGAGACUACGUCAGGGGCUACAUACUGCAGGAUGCUGCAGGCAAGGUGCUGGACCGCUGGACCAUCAUGUCCCGAGAAGAAGAGAUCAUCACCCUGCAGCAGUUCCUACGCUUUGGUGAGACCAAGUCCAUUGUGGAGCUGAUGGCCAUUCAGGAGAAGGAAGGUCAGGCAGUUACAGUUCCCUCCUCCAAGACAGACUCCGGGAUUAGGACAUUCAUUGAAAGCAACAACAGGACCCGCAGCCCAGGGCUCCUGACACAUCUGGAGAACAGUAGCCCAUCCAGCAUUCACCAUUUUGAGAAUAUUCCCAACAGCUUAGCCUUUCUCCUGCCCUUCCAGUACAUCAACCCAGUGUCUGCCCCCAUGCUAGGCUUGCCUCCCAAUGGCCUGCCUAUGGAACAGUCUGCUCUCCGGCUCCGGGAGCCCAGCCUGCCAAACCAAGGUGAACAAAUGGACACCAGCGAGUCAGAAGUGUCCCUGUCACCAUUUCGUACAGGCCAGAGCCCCAGUCGCGGAGCCCUGGGAGCCCUUAACAACAACAUUGAACCUAAAACAGAACCCAACAACAGGGCAUCACCCAUCUCACCGACCCCUUCAACCCAGCAGGCGCAACAACAGCAGCAACAGCAGACACAGCUCCAGCAGCAACAGCAGGCAGGCCAACAGCAGUCCCAAAAUCAAUCUCAACAAUCCAACAGCUUGAAUGAACACCAGGUCCACCACCACUUCGUAAAGGAUGAGCACUCUAAAACCAUCAGUCAUGCUUCCUUUAACUCCAAGAUGCAUCGCAUGCGCCGCAUGGGAGCCACCUCACGCAAGGGUCGUGUGUGCUGCAACUCUUGUGGCAAAACCUUUUAUGACAAAGGUACACUUAAGAUACAUUAUAAUGCUGUACACUUGAAGAUCAAACACCGUUGCACCAUUGAAGGCUGCAAUAUGGUCUUCAGCUCACUACGCAGCCGCAACCGCCACAGUGCCAAUCCCAAUCCACGGUUGCACAUGCCGAUGCUGCGUAAUAACCGUGACAAGGACCUCAUUCGUGCCAAUUCAGCGCCUGGUACACCUGUCAUCUCAAGCACCAAGAAUGGUGGCUUCACACUCACCAGCCCUGGAAGGCCGCCACUUGGCUUUACUACUCCACCUGUGGACCCUAUGCUUCAGUCACCACUGCAAAGCCCACUGGUGUUCCCCACCCUGAAGUCAGUGCAGCCGGUCCAGCCAGUGCCCCCAUUCUACCGUACACUACUGUCCCCUGCGGACCUCUGCAGUCCUCCAGUGUCACUGCCCACCAGCCCAAUCCUGCCCACCACCACCAACAGCACCACCCUGAUGGACCAACAGCAGCAGAUGUUGGCUGCAGCUGUGGCUUCGAACAAUAAUGUUCAUGUGUCAGAAGCAGGACCCAUGUCCCAUCGCUUACAUACACAUAGUGCCAAUCACGACGUCACCACGGGAAACACAGACCCCACGCCCAAAAAGAAGCCUCGUAAAUCUAGCAUGCCAGUGAAGAUUGAGAAGGAGGUAAUUGAUGUGGCAGAUGAAUACGACGACAAAGAUGAUGACGACGAUGAUGACCUCCACCAUAAUCACCACCAUCACCAGUCAUCUCUUCUUCACAACAGUAUCAAAAUGAAUGGUAAUUGUAACAGCAACAACAAUGGUGGCAGUGGUACUGGGAACCACAGUGGUGGAAGUGGGCAGCAAUCUCCUUCCCAAGAUGAAAUGAGCCCUGGCCUAGCUCUGAGAGGCAUGAUGAGACAGAGCGAAGACGAAUGCCGGGAAGGGACUGGCAGUGACAGCAGAUGUGGAAAUGAUCUUCAAGGCUCCGGCGAUCUACGUUGUAUGGACAGCUUCACCUCUGAGGACCAGGACCAUGAGAGAGACUUUGAGAAUGAAUCUGAAACCUCUGAUUCCAAGAUGUUCUACCGUGAUGAGCUGAUAGAUGUGGAGGAACAGCAAAAACACAUGAGUGGUGGAAGGGGUCUGGACAAGGAACAGAAUGAUGAGGGUGGUGAGGAAGUUGAUCUUAGAAAGGAAAUGGAGGGCAAGGGUCAUUCCUCACCCUCGCCUCAUCAGCCCCCUAUCAAGAUCAAGGAAGAACUCAACGAUCCUACUUACGACAUGUUCUGCAUGGGCCAGUAUGGCCUCUAUAAUGGAGGCAUGGCCGCGGCUGCAGCCGCUGCUGCAAGCAUGGCUGCUCUUCAUGAGAGCUUCAUCUCUUCAAUGGGCUACGGUGCCAGCCCACCCAAAUUCCCUUCUUCUCAGUCACCAGAGGGAGACCCAUGCUCAAGUCCUGACCCCAAGAUCUGCUAUGUGUGUAAGAAAAGCUUCAAGAGCUCCUAUAGCAUGAAACUGCACUACAAGAAUGUGCACCUCAAAGAGAUGCAUGUGUGCACUGUGGCUGGCUGCAACGCUGCCUUCCCUUCCCGGAGGAGCAGAGACAGGACAAUGUCGGAUAGGGAAGUAAAUAAUUAAAGGAAAGGGACCCUUUUUGACUGCAUCAACCCUGCCACUGCUGGUAAGCUCUACUAUCCAUUGUGACUCCAUUUUUGCCCGUCCUGCUAAGGAUGACCGUUUUCUUUUCUUAUUUUUUUCUUUUUUUUAAAUUUAAUUUACACACAUGUGACCUCCCUGCAUGGAAACCCCCUCACAUUAAAGGCACUGAGUGUUUGCAUAUUAUUCUUAUUGGAUGUAAGUGCUGACCUGAUAUGAGAGGAAUGGGCCGUGUGUAUGUCAUAUUUGACAUCGGUCAUUAGUUGCUUAAGUUUCCUUUCUGUGUUAUGCAGUUUUGGUGUGACAUGUGUGCAGUGGGUCCCCUUGUGUUCCAACCUGGCAACUGUGAAAUUGGAGCGAAAAAAAAGCAUUGAAUUAGAUUCUCCAAGCCCAUUUCACCUUGCAUCCUUUAGCAUGGCUUUGUACGCUAACUGAAAUCCUCACUAAUCUUAUCUUAGCUUAAGCAUGGCACUUCCACUUAGUUUCCUUCAUCGGCUGUAGCACACUGUGUGAUACAGUUUGCCUUGUGUUUGGGGAAAAAUGCCCAUCUUAAUUAAAUCCAGGGCUACAUAAAGACAUGUUCAUUGAGGUGCUCGAUUAAGCCACCUCCAAUAGGGAACGAAUGCGAUAAUGCUGUCAGGGCCUAGUGCUAAUAUGCUAUCCAGUUCCCCUCGAUUAUCACAUUACCACAGCUCGAAUCAAUUGAUAAACUCCCAUUCAAUAUGGUGGAGUAUUUAAUUGAGUCAGAGUCUAUUGGAUUUGAGGGCUGUGCAGUGCAGACAUGCUGACAGCGGUAAACACUGGCAGGAUGCUCUCUCUCUGUGCAAUCUUCGAGUACUUUUCUGUGGAGAGCUGCAGGGGGAAUUUCUUUCUCUGCGUGACUGUCUGUGUACCCCGACUGAUAGUAACAAUAAUUACACAUGUAGUGGCUCUUUGAGAGUAUUUGUAGCCUAGUACCCUUUAACUGAAUUAAGACAAUAUGAAAAAUAUAUUUUAAGUAAAAAAUAUUUUAAAUUUGAGAGGUGAUCUAAAUUCCUCACACACUGGCAGCAUUCUGAUUUACAACUCUGAUUGUCUCCUCACAUUAGGCACAGCUCCAACAUCAACCUGCACCGCAAACUGCUGACCAAAGAGCUGGACGACAUUGUCCUGGACCCCCAACUCACGCCACUGCCCAAGGACCUGCGAGCCGAGAUACUGGCCAAGAUCUACGCCGGGCACCACAUGGGC